AUGGACAAAACAUUCAAAAGCUUGACGACAAGGCCAAAUUAUAUCACCUAUUUACGGCUUCCAAAAUUACUGGUCACAGAUCUAAUUCCCUUUGGUUUGUCGUUGUGGUUCACUACUACUUCAAACACAAGGAAGAAGGUGAUGAAGCAUCAGCAGUUCGACGCUCUCAAUGUUUUGACAGUUUCUCCGAAUUCGAGGUGUGACAGAUACAAGAAGGACGCUGUUAAUUCCAUUACAGACAUUCUUCAAGUCCUUAGGCUUGUACGGUAUUCCGAUUCCGCUAGUAAUGACAAGGUUGUUUGGCCUUACAUUAAGUAUACUGACAAGGUUGAUCAUCGUACUCCUGGUUCUUUAGGUGAUUCUGCCUUCUUUUCUUCUGCCCUUCUCGUUUCGUCGAGAAAAAGAAAGCUCUUUUCGGUUUCUCUUCGCUCUUCGGAGCAAGAGAAAACCGUCAAAAAACAAAAAUUGUUUUCUCCCCCUGUUGUUGGUCGUCGUGUCCGCCUCUGUGUGGCACCGCCACGUGGUUCUCGUGCUCGUCGUCUUCGCCGUGCGGGUAUCAGUCCUCGUCCUCCCUUGGCUCCUGCGUGCGGCCCUCUUUCUCCCAUGUCCUUUCCUGUUGCGGCUUCCCCUCGGAUGAAGGAGACAGAAAAGCGAAAACGCUUUUCUGUCUCGAUCUCGUCAUCCGAGGUGGAACGCCCAACUAAAAAAAUAAAAUUUUAA